UCGUGACCCAAGAUUUGUGGUGGGCUUCUUUCUACUGCUUUUAUUUUCUAGCCUCGCUCUCACUUUCUCCCCUCUCCCUUUUUUCCGCCCUUUUCGUCGCCAUCCCGUCUCUUCUCCUCGCGUUCGCUCCUCGAAGGGCCUGUUGAAGAUCGGACGGAUUACAUUUUGGCUGUCGGAUCUUUAUUGAAAUCCAGAGCUGAUGGUCGGAUUUGGAAGUUGAGGAGGAUUUGGAAGCGGGUUCUGGUUGGUAUCGACGAACUUGGUUGUCUUUUUUCCGCGUCCCUGAAGUGUUUGAGGGACUCGGAUUUGAGGCCAACCUUUCCAUUUAUUGAGCGACUUUCCGUGAUUUGAUGCCAUCUCUGGCCAAUCACUGAGGGGUCCUCUACGUUGCCGUGGAGGAUCCCGUUGCAGGAAGUAAUUUAAAUUAGGGUGGUGCUUACUUCUUGUUCUUGAAGAAAAAAGAAUUGAAUUGUGAGAGGUGGUUGUCUGACCCACGGCUGGAGAUUGCAAUUUUGUAUACGAGGUGAAGGGAUUCGAAGCGGGCUAAUUUGCCUUGGAGUAGCUGUUUGGCUGUCUCGUGCAAAAAUGUUUCCUCGGGAUGCGGAAAAUUCGCAUGUGGGAGCAAAUGUUGCUGGCGGUGUGUUAGCGCCCACACGGUUUGUGUGGCCUUAUGGUGGGAGAAGGGUCUUCGUUACCGGCUCUUUUACAGGAUGGUCCGAACAUAUUCCCAUGUCUCCUGUGGAGGGUUGUCCUACAGUGUUUCAGGUUAUUUGCAGAUUAUCACCAGGGUUACAUCAGUAUAAAUUUUAUGUUGAUGGGGAGUGGAGGCAUGAUGAACGCCAACCUUUUCUCAGUGGAAACUAUGGAGUAGUCAACACUAUCUGUAUACUUUCCGAGGCUAAUCCUUUGGCUGCAUUACCAAGCCCUGGGACGCCUAAUAACAGAAUGGGAAUGGAUGUGGACAACGAAACAUUUCACCAUGCAGCAGCAUUGCGAGAAGGAACCAUGCAAGGUGGCACUGUUAGGAUUUCGGAGGAGGAUAUAAAAAUAUCCCGCUCUCAUAUUUCUAUGUUCUUGUCGUCACAUACAGCUUAUGAUUUACUUCCUGACUCCGGAAAGGUUGUUGCACUCGAUGUUAAUUUGCCUGUGAAGCAGGCAUUUCAUAUUCUCUAUGAACAGGGAAUUUCUGUGGCGCCACUGUGGGAUUCUCUGAGGUGUCAAUUUGUUGGAGUACUAAGUGCUCUGGAUUUUAUUUUAAUUCUUCAAGAGCUUGGAAAUCGAGGCUCAAAUCUUAGAGAGGAAGAACUGGAGACCCAUACAAUAUAUGCUUGGAAGGAGGGGAAGCAUCAGCUUUUGGGGCAGUUAGAGAAUCAUGGCAAAUCACUUCAAAGUUGCAUGAUCCACGCUGGUCCAUAUGAUUCUUUAAAAGAUGUGGCUGUGAAGAUUUUGCAAAAUGAAGUCUCUACUGUUCCAAUCAUGUACCCAUCAGCACAUGAUGAUGGUUCAUUUCCACAACUAUUACAUCUUGCUUCUCUUUCAGGGAUUCUGAAACGUAUUUGCAGACACUUUAGACACUCUAUUAGUUCUUUACCUAUUCUACAACAACCUAUUUGCAAAAUACCAUUGGGUACUUGGGAUCCGCGAAUUGAGGACCAAAGUGGGCGCCCACUAGUUGUGUUAAGACAGAACAGUUUACUCAGUUUAGCCCUUUCUCUUUUGAUUCAAGCUAAAGUUAGCUCAAUCCCGAUUGUUGAUGAAAAUGAUUCCUUUGUGGAUAUAUAUUCCAGAAGUGACAUCACAGCAUUAGCUAAAGACAGAGUUUAUGCGCAAAUACACCUUGAUAAAAUGAACAUUCAGCAGGCACUACAACUUGGGCAUGAUAUGCCUUCUCAAGGGGGCUUUGAUGGCCAGAGAUGCCAGAUGUGCCUCCGCACAGAUCCUUUGAUGAAAGUGAUGGAGAGAUUGGCAAAUCCUGGGGUACGACGUGUUAUCAUAGUUGAGGCUGGAAGCAAACGUGUGGAAGGAAUAAUUUCACUGAGCGAUGUAUUCAGAUUUCUGCUUUGCUAGCCGAACACAUCCAAUGCUCUUGAGCAAUUGAGGCUGCUGCAGAACAUCACUUUUUGGUCAACAUUGUUGUUUCAGCCCAACCAUCUGAGAUUUAUUUCAUUGGAUAGGCCUCAGUGGUUAGAAGGCUACAGGGGUCUGUAAAUGUUUAGGAUGUUUAUUUUUUUUUUCUUUGUUAACCCUUGGUAUCCGCUGAUUAUCAUUGGUGUGUGAUACUCCCAUCAUGUGGGCUUAUAAGUGCUAUCACGUUCCAUUUUCUGCACAGAAAUGCUUCUAACAGGUCGGUAUGAGGUGUGGAAAGAAUGAUGUUGUUCGAUCUGAUCUUUUUAGUUGUAUCAGAGAGUGAGAUUGUUGGCCUGUCUCCAUUGCCAUAAACAACUUAUCCCGGUUUUGAACAAUAUGCUUGUGAUUUACUCUAAAA